AACUUACCUUUAGGUUACCUACAUCAUCUUGCUGACUAUUGAUACUUCUGUCAAUGAACUUUUGAACUCCCUGUUAAUCAAAGUUUAUCUUUACUCAAAUCACCCUUCGUACUCCCACCAAUGACCACCCAAGAAGUUACCAUGUGCCUGUUUUUAUAUGAACUGCUUCUUGAUGGUUGUCUGCCAGGAGGCAUGUUUGCAGAACAGAGACGAGGUAACGCGGCCUAGUAGCUUAAUUUAAUCACUUUCCAGGUAUAAAACCCAACUCGAUCACUGAUAAGAUCGGCCAAAUCUUGAUAUUUUAGCCGGCUAUCUGAGUCCAGUGACCUCCUAGCUAACGCAAACAUUAAACAUCUGAGACGAUACAGAUAAAAUUAGGGAUGACUCAGGAGACCUUCAAGUUCAGUGAUCUCACAGCCGUGUGGUUCUUAAUUAAUAUGAUUGCUUCAUGUGUGUAGGUCAAGUGACUCUGCUUUCUGUUUGGAUUUAAUAACACAGUCAUACGGUUACAGUGGAACCCACAUGGAUUAUAACGAGUAUAUUUGCUUUAAAGUAUAGUUUCCUUGGAAUGACAUUUGCCUUAUUUAAAGGGUUGGGACUUUUCAUGUAGCCUUAGAAUCUUUCGAUGCUUCCUGUGGUUUGCAUUUAAAUAUUGCUCCUGAAGUGACUGCUCAUGGGGUGACGAAAGAGGCACCAGCUUGUGUCCAUAAGAAAAGCUCUCCAAGAAAAUUGUUGUGAAGCAUUUGGAACAAAUACAACUGCUUUCUGCUUGUAAUAUUGCUUUUGUAACAGUAUGUAUAGCUAAUAUAAUUAAUCUCCAAGUUGCUUCAUUUCUAUGCUUGUUCCUGAACAAAAUUACUUAGAAACCCAAUUGGGAAAAUCUUAUUACUAUAGUGUAUUUGUACAUACGAUCAUGGAUAACGAUGUUUUCAAUGUUUAUUCCAGGCCAAGUAUUAUUUGCCUAUCCAAACUUAUAUACUAUAGUUUCUCAUACUAGAUGAAUGAAGGGCAAUUUAGCCUUCAUACUCUUGAAGUAUUGAGAGAUUUGAUCUGUCCUUGUUCAGAUAAAUGGAGGGGUAAAUGAACCUCCUCUGCAUUAAUUCCUUUUCUGUCGUGUUUUAUAUUUGAGAAAUCAUGACUACGUCCUUGGAAUCUCUCUCGAAGUCGGCAAAUUCUACAGAAGCUACACUUGCAUUCAAACAACAAACAAGGGCUUUUGUCCCUAUGGAAGUGUCCAUCAACUCUUAUCAUGAUCAUUUAUGCCACUAAAACCUUAUAUAUACAUGGCAUAAUCUUCCUUAGUUUCCACCGAUCUCACCAUCUCUACUUUAUUGCUACAGAUUCUCAAAGGACCUUGUAGCUAUGGUACCUCAAAUCUUUUCAGCAGUGCUUGUGCUUCUCCUCUUUUGCUUAUCUUUUAUAUGUUCAGUCUUAUCAUUGAUAUUUCACAAUGAUUCCCAUGCAGGAGAAAGGUGAGGAGCUUGUUGAGGGAAAGGUAGAUUGGAAAGGAAGAACAGCUAUAAAGAAUAAACAUGGAGGACAACGGUUUUCUUCGCUAAUUCUAGCAUCAUUUGCUCUUGAAAACAUGGCAACUGUGGCACUGGCAGUGAACCUUGUGACAUACUUUAAUGGGGUGAUGCAUUUUUCAAUCGCUGAUGCAGCUAACGAGCUAACCAACUACAUGGGAACUGCUUACAUUCUCUCCAUUGUGGUGGCCUUUCUGGCAGAUGCUUAUAUUGGCAGAUUCUAUGCUGUUCUUGUUUCAGCAUUCAUUGAGCUUGUGGGACUUGGAUUGUUAGCUGUACAAGCUCACUACCCCAAACUUAAGCCACCUACUUGCGUCAUCUUUGAUCCAACUGCUGACUGCCAGCAAGUUCAUGGAGGCAAUGCUGCACUUCUCUUUGUUGCCCUCUAUUUGGUUGCUGCUGGCACUGCAGGAAUCAAAGCUGCAUUGCCAACACAUGGUGCUGAUCAAUUUGAUGAGAAAGACCCACAAGAGGCAAUGCAAAUGUCCAGUUUCUUCAAUGGGCUUUUACUAGCUUUGUGCGUUGGGGGUGCAGUUAGUUUGACACUUGUUGUGUGGAUUCAAGACAAUAAAGGAUGGGACAAGGGCUUUGGGGUCCCCACAUUAGCGAUAUUCUUGGCCAUGAUAGUCUUUGCUGUUGGAUUGCCUCGGUACAGGAUACAUGUCAUUCAGGGAACUAGUGCCAUCACAGAAAUUAUACAGGUACUUGUUGCAUCAUUCCGCAACCGAAAACUUCCCCUUCCUGAUGACCCUGCAGAGCUCUAUGAGAUUGACAAGGACAAGGAAGCUGCUACAGAAGCAGAAUUUCUACCUCACAGAGACAUUUACAGGUUCCUAGACAAAGCAGCCAUCCAAACAACCCUCCUAGGAAAUUCUGACAAACCAGAAACUCCAAAUCCAUGGAAACUUUGCAGGGUCACCCAAGUGGAAAAUGCAAAGAUCAUAGCAGGCAUGGUCCCAAUCUUCUGCUGCACCAUCAUCAUGACCCUUUGCCUCGCUCAGCUCCAAACCUUUUCCAUCGAACAAGGGCUCACCAUGGACACAAGGGUCGCCAAUUCAUUCAAUAUACCACCUGCGUCACUCCCCAUCCUCCCAGUCAUCUUCAUGAUCAUCCUAAUCCCCGUGUAUGAUCGUAUCUUCGUGCCCUACGCCCGUGGCAUUACUGGCCUCCGCACGGGCAUCACCCACCUGCAGCGCAUUGGCGUUGGCCUAGUUCUCUCCGCAAUUUCCAUGGCAACCUCUGCUGUAAUGGAAGCCCUAAGGAAAAGAGUGGCACGAGACAACAACAUGCUUGACGCCAUCCCAGUACUUCAGCCACUUCCCAUUAGCGUUUUCUGGCUAUCUUUCCAGUACUUCAUUUUUGGCAUUGCAGACUUGUUUACCUACGUGGGACUCCUGGAGUUUUUCUACUCUGAGGCACCAAAAGCCAUUAAAUCCAUCUCUACUUGCUUCCUGUGGAGCUCCAUGGCACUUGGGUAUUAUUUCAGUACCGUAGUUGUUAAUAUAGUAAACAGAGCAACUAAAGGAAUAACAAGAAGCGGAGGAUGGUUAGCUGGAAACAACAUCAACAGGAACCAUCUCAAUCUCUUUUACUGGUUGCUUUCCAUACUGAGUGUGAUCAACUUUUUCGUCUACUUAUUUGUUGCAAAGAGGUACAAGUACAGGCCUCAGGCCCUAGUGGCUCCGAUUGCGAAUGAGGAGAAUAAGAACAACAAGGCAUCGGUAUAAGAAAAUGAAGAUUCGGUUGUCUUCCUUAAGUAUUUUCUUUUUCUAUUCAAAAUUUGAAGAUGUUGCCAAGGAAAUGGGAAAAUUUACCGCAUUGCAUCA